AUGUCGACACUCACAAAUCCAAAUGUCCCCAAGGGACGCCCCGCUUUCAUUCCCCUCGAAGCCAACCCUGAGCUCAUGACGACCCUCAUCCACAAGCUCGGCGUCAGCGAGGCCCUCCAGAUCCACGACGUCUACUCCCUCACCGAACCCGAACUGCUUGCCUUUAUCCCUCGGCCUGCUCUCGCCCUCCUACUCGUCUUUCCCGUUAGCGCCACCUACGAGAGCCACCGCAUGGCCGAGGAUAGCCAGACCGAACCGUACACUGGCAAGGGAGAUGCUGAACCUGUGAUUUGGUGGCGACAAACCAUCCGCAACGCGUGUGGGCUCAUGGGAAUCUUGCACGCCGUUAGCAACGGCCCGGCAAGGAGCUUCAUCCAGGAGGGUUCUACGCUCGACGAGAUCAUCAAGAAGAGUAUCCCCCUCACCGGCGCCGAACGAUCCCAGGUCCUCGAAGAUAGCCAUAGCCUCGCUACCGCCCAUAAGGAGGCUGCCUCCGUAGGCGACACUCCCGCUCCCGCCGCUGAGGACGACAUCGAUCUACACUACGUUUGUUUCGCCAAGGGAAAUGACGGUGGCUUGUGGGAGCUAGACGGCCGCCGUCAGGGUCCUCUCCGACGAGGAGAUUUAAACAAGGACGAGGAUGUGUUGAGCGAGAAGGGGUUGACUCUCGGUGCACUCAAGUUCCUCGAGAGAGAGGGCGGGGAUCUGAGGUUCAGUAUCGCUCGCUGGCUACUGGGCAAAGGCCCCGAACACACCGGUGUGCUGCUCGGCAGUGAUGCUGCGGGGAAGACGACGCUGCUCUAUCGAUUAAAACUUGGGGAGACGGUGCAGACGAUUCCGACGAUUGGCAUCAAUGUAGAAACCAUCGAAUACUCAGAUGGGAGUAUCACUCUGUGGGAUAUCGGAGGGUGCGAUCAAAUGAGAAGUCACAUCCGGUUUUACAUCGUGAGGGAGCGGUUCCUCAUGUUUCUUCAUGAUUGCGCCGACUCGGAGAGGCUGGACUACUCAAUUGAGCAGUUGCACACGGCUAUGAGAUGGAUGUCCGAGCUGGGCUGUCGCCACAUGUGGAUCUUGUUGAGCAAGCAGGACCUCCUCCCUCCAUCGGAGAGAGAAACCAUCGUCCAAGGCGUGCGAAAUCGCUUUGAGUCAGAGUUGGCUCAGUAUCAAGACAAGCAUUAUAUCAGGAUCAUGGACCAGCCAGGCCUGAGCGCCGCUUCUGGGAGUCAACUCGACGUUGUCAUGAAGGAAAUCAGAGAGACCCUUAAACAGAACCCGCAGCCUUCGCAAAAAAGCACCAAGAUGCAGGUCGAAGAGCUAGAGAAGGGUCCCAGCGAGCAAGAGCUGGUGGAUCGGAUUAAGAAGGCCAGCAUGGAGAGUGUUCAUCCUGAUCGCUUCUGGAUGGAUUUCAUCAAGGGCAACCUCGACUCGUGGGAUCAUUCUGCCCAUCUCAGAGCUGGGUACUUUUUCCUCUUCGAAGGGCUGUCCAGGGGAUCCAGUCUUCUCGAUUGCGCGAGCAAAUUCUUAGGUCGUUUGAAGGAACUCAGACGCCAGAACCCAGAGAAGUUCCGCAACACUGCGCACCGAACCAUGACAAUCUUCUGGCUGUAUCAGAUCCAGAUGGCUGCAAUUGCGUACAAGGUGGAAAAGAAGCUCGAAGAGUUCCCAUCGCGAGCCGACUUUUGGGAAAUCCUUCUCCUCACACCGUCCCUGAUGAAUGCUAGUCUUUGGAAGACGUACUACUCAAAAGACUUGAUGUUCAGCCCAGGAGCCCGAGAGAACUGGCAUCUGCCCGAUCUCCAACCGCUACCGCCGUUCAAGGGAACAAAGCUAGCUGCGCAACCAAGCACACCCAGCCCAGAAGUGGACCACUACAAACUCCCCCGGUUUGCAUUCUCCGUUGUGCAAAAGACACUGUCCUCGAAGCUGCGACGCGGAGGUGUUGUGAAGCAAGCACUCGCGGCGCUACAAUCAUCCACAAUUCGCCUUCGAGCCUCUGACCCUUCCAUCCCGCCGUACUCGGAGACGCAGGCAUAUUUCUGGAUCCAGCUCAUUCACGCCUCGCUCCGGUCUCUAGACAUGACCCCAGCGCAGUCCCCGCCUGCCUUUGACGGGCCUGUGACGGCACUGACGUUUGAUGCGUUCAAGACUCUCUUCGAUCUGACGGGGGCGGAAUGGAGGCGGUAUUACACCCAAACGCUGUGGGAAGACAUUUCUGCGCGCAUGAGUUUUGUCAAUCCUGACCUCAAGGCUCUGCCGAAUGUGUUUUCGAGCCCAUCCCAAGCCAAGGUCGACCUUGCUCGCCUACGCAUGGCAAACGCCAUCACCCAUCGGUUUGCGACGCCACCCGAGUUGCCUCCGCGGGAAGAACUCGACUUUAACGCUGCUAUUGUUGUUGACGAGGCGAAUCUUAUGCCCGACGGGGGCUUAAAUAUUGGCAUCCACGCAAGCCUUCUUCAGUAUCUCCAUCGCCAUUUGUCGGCCACGCAGUCAGACAAAAGCGGCCCUUCUGGAGCGGCGGCAGCUAAAACAGCGUUGGAUCUGUCGGAAACUUUGGGAUCGACGCAAAGCAUGUUUUGGGUUCAGCAAGCCCAGAUCUCAAUGGCCACUAACGGUUCUUUGACCUUUGAAGAGUUUGUGACCAGGAGUCCUCAGUUGGCGUAUGAGGAUCUCCCUUUCUUGUACUACUCGCCCGAGCUGUGGUGGAGCAGUGAGGCUAAACAGGUGUUUAUGCCUCCUGAUCGACGGCAUCUCUCCAGUGUUGUCUCUCAGAGGGCCAAGUAA